AAUUCCUUGCUUUCUUCCGGUUCCAACCAUUCGAGACCUAAGAUGGCGGACCGGCGGCGAAGGAGGAGGCGCGCGUCCCAGGACAGCGAGGACGACGACGAGUCCGGUUCAGGUUCGGACAGCGGGAGGUCGGUGUCUCCAACGACCAAGAACCGCGGGAGAGAUCCCGACCCGCCGGAGGCGACAGCGACCCGAGUGGAAGCUAAGAGUGACGUUGAGUCGGAGUGUGAAAGUGAAGAUGGAGUAGGAGAAGCUGUCCUCUCAGACUACGACAGUGCUGAUCCAGAGGAAAACGGUUCCCAUUCAGAGGGAGUGGAGGAGGAAGAGGAGGCAGAGCAUUACAGUGAUGAAGAAGCUCCAGCAGCAGCCAGCGAGUCCAAACCUGCUGCUGCCGACGGCCAAACAAAGCUGGAGGAGGUGGAUGAAGCGGAGGCCGAGGCAGCAGAGGGAGGAGGACAGAGUAAAGAGGAGAGUAAGGCUGAGGAGAAAGGAAACUUAGCUGGAGAGAGACAGAGUGGUGAUGGACAGGAGUCUACAGAUGAUCCUGAAACGAAGGCCGGAGGAAAACCCGGUCAGAAGCUGGACGAUGAUGAGGACAGAAAGAACCCGGCUUACAUCCCGAGGAAGGGACUGUUCUUCGAGCACGACGUCAGAGGACACGCUCAGGAGGAGGAGAGACCAAAAGGUCGAAACAGGAAGUUGUGGAAGGAUGAGGGUCGCUGGGAACACGACAAAUUCAGGGAGGAGGAGCAGGCGCCGAAGAGCCGCGAGGAGCUUAUUGCCAUCUACGGUUAUGACAUCCGAAACGGCGGCGGCUCUGGGGAGAGAUCGUAUAGGCAGCGCAGGCCCAGACAAAGUGCGUCUCCCAGCAGAGACAAACGAUGGAGAGAUGGAGGAGAGCGACCUGUUCGAUCCUGGCACAGCGGGGGAGGAGGCAGUCUGAACCGAGGUGCAGCUCCUCCACCUUCAUCCGGCCAGCCCUCCUCUCCAUCCCCCUCCUCAUUCCCUCUCUCAUCCACUCAGCGGAACAGCAAUUCCUCCAGACCGCCUCCCUCCCGCAGCAGCAGACCGUCCCACCAAAAUCAGAUGCACCUCCCACCUCAGUCGCAGUACAGGAACAAUGAAUCAAACGCAGCCCAGAUGCACGCCAGGGAGCGACAGGGCCCUAAAGCUCAGUCCGACCCCUCGGAGAGAGGCAGGGGAGGGCGCGGAGGAGGAAGGGGGGCUCCCUCUGUGGUCAUUGAGGACAUCCCAGUCAGCCAAGGAGGCGUUAAGGAGCAGGAUCUAAGUGAUGUAACAACAGCACCAUCGUCACAGCCAGCUGGCUACAAGUCUGCAUCGCCCCGACGACAGCAGCAGGAGCGACGAGGGAGCAGCGACAGAUCUGCACCAGGAUUGGCUGCUUCCUCCUCCCCCUCUGAACCCUCCCUUCCGUCAUCAGCUUCAGCACCCAAUCGGGAAGCUUCUCCACCUGCCGAGCGGCCGGUGGAGCGUAAAUCUUACUCGCUGGCUCGCAGGACUCGCUCUCGGCCUGCAGACCUGGGCAGCAAACAGCCUUCCAUGGAGGAGUCUGCGGCAGGAGGAAACGCCUCCUCCUCCCCCAGCAGUGCAGGAGGGAAGAGCUGGACAGGAGCAGGCGACAGGCAGAAUCAGGCAGCCGCAGGAGGAGGAGGAGGAGGAGGAGGAGGAGGAGGAGGCGGAGGCGGAGGGGCAGCGCUGACAGAGCUGGACCAGGACGUGGCUCGACUCAGUCUGACAGGCCAGAGCUGGAACCAGAACCCAACGUCUUACAUUCAGUCUGAGAUGAGAGGUCUCCACAACACCAUGCACAUCCCCGGCGGCCCGCCUCAGUUCUCCAGUAUGGAAGAGAUGGGUGUGAGUUCCAACCGGGCCAAACGCUACUCCUCCCAGCGCCAGAGACCUGUACCUGAGCCGGCACCACCCAUGCAUCUGGGAGUGAUGGAGGGACACUACUAUGAACCCAUGUCGUAUCAGGGACCGAUCUAUGCCCACGGGGACGGCCCUGCCCCCAUCCCGCCACAAAGCAUGCUGGUCCAGCCUGAGAUGCACCUCCCUCACCCUGGUCUCCAUCCCCACCAAUCAGGCGGCCCCAUCGCUAACCCUGCCCUGUAUGGAGGUCCACCUGUUUCUCUGUCACCAGGGCAACCACAGCAGCUGCUGCCUCCACCUUUUUACCCUCCCCCAGGAGUCAUGACCUUCCCCUAUCCCACCAUGUACCAGAGUCCACAGGGUCAGUCCCAGGUGACCUAUGGAGGCGUGACGUACUACGACACGAUGCAGCAGCAGGCGCAGCCCAAGCCUUCGCCCCCCCGUCGCACGUCCCAGCCCGUCACCGUCAAGCCCCCUCCCCCAGAGGUGCACUUCGCCUCAGAGUGACCCCGCCCCUCACCCCUCUCCUCCACCCAGUCUCAGCCUCAGUCUGAUCCCAGCACCACAGGAGCAGGAUGGGAGGGUCAGUGAGGAGCUGCGGUCCCACUUCAUCCAGGGAGGGACGGGUGGACGGAGGCGAAGAUGGACUCUGCGGGUGACUCACAGGUGGAAUGUGACUUUUCCCUUUUUUUCCCCCCUCUUUGUUUUCAACCGUGUGACGGUCGGGCUAGUCGGCCAUGUCGGUGACGUCAGCCUGUCGUGUGGCUCAUCUGUUCGAUCCCACCAACGUGUCUUUGAUCAACAACGCUGAACCCUGAAAAUGUCGGACUGAUGACUUCAAACCCUUCAGAGCCGCUCUGAAGCUUUGGGCGACUCACUGAGACGGACUCUGAUGGUGGGGUCAGACUUUUGUUUUGUCCUUUUCACAGUGAAGUGUGAGCCCUACAGCAGCAGUUAACAGGAAAUACCAACGGUUUCCCUGUGGGAAGUUCUGCCAUCAGUUAAUCCAUUUACUGCACCUCAGCUAACGUUAGCUGUCAGCCCGUGUGUGUGUGUGUGUCGUUGUCCACCAGCUGCUGUAGUUACCACACACAGUUUACCGCAGUGACACACAGCAGAAGUGAUGUACAGUUUGAGGAUGAUGUUUGUGAGAAUCGGUUGAGUUCAUGGCUGACUCGGUGCUUCCUGAAAUCCUCCACACGUUACCGUCGUGUCGAAGCUGCUUGGCGAAGAUGUUUGCCUGCAGCUACAUCAGCUCUGUGUUUGUUUCUGAGGAAUCUGCUGCGUGUCCUGGACCCGACGCUGCAAAUAACAAGAGUUCAGCACACAAAGUGCCAGGAAACGGUGGAAAAUGUCCAAAACUCAACAGAAAAGUUGUUGGACAAGCUGCAGCCAAGCAGCUUGUUGGAAUGAAAUCAUUCAUCAGAGGUCUCAUCAGCUCAUUUUCUAUUCAUCUGGUAAUUAAAUCAACCAGUCGUUGAAACUUUUCACCUCACCAACAGCAACAAAAACUAAAACACGACUGAAACAUAUUUUAUUUUGUAAAACGGUUGAACAGAACUGACGAGGAGCCUGCACCACCUGACAUUCCAAGUGACAGGCUUUCCCAGUACCAGCAGGAUCCGUCCACUGAGUCUGGAUCAGUAAACAUGACGUGCUCAAAGUGGUGUGAGAGACGUGAGGACAGCUGCCAUGUGGACUCAACACAGUCCUGUAAACUGCACCAUCUCCAGUGCUCCACCCUCUGCACCUGAUGUGGUCACUUCCAGCUCCACAAACAAGACGGCGGCAACUGUGAUGCCAAAGUCUUCAGAGCUGAGGUCCUCAAACCAGUGAGUGAUGUCACUGUGGGUUUAGCCAAUCACGGCACAGUUUGCAGGACUGCGUGACAGCUGUCUCUGCUGUCACUCACUGACAUAAAACGACUUCAGUCUUCCAGAUGUAAACACUUUACACUUGGUUUAUAAACAGAUCUUCAUGUUGAUCAUAUGGUGAGUGUUUCUAUGGCAACAGUCCAGCCAAUCACUCGCUGACAGUGCUGGGCAUAAGACCUAAUUUAACAGACAUGAUUCAGCCGCGUUCACAGUGUGGUGUGAAAUAGAGCUGCCGCAGUCCAUCCGUUAGUCAGAUGAAGGUGAAUUAUUUUCCGACCCAUUUGAUAAUCGAUGAAGGUUCUCGGUCCAACUUGCAUGUCAGGAUUUGCUCCUUUGUUGGUUAUGACAAUAACUGAAGAGUCUUUGGGUUUGGACACAAGACAUCUGAAGACAUCUCUUUGAAACUGUGACGAGACAUUUUUGUGUUUUCUCCGCAGUUUAGUGAUUAAUAACGAAAGUGAUCAUUGGCGGCAGUCCUGGCAUUAACUUCCAUGUGUGAAGUCAGCGGAAUGGCCCUUUAAAACUCGGAGUCUGCUCGUCUAACGCACCCUUGGUUUUGACAGCAGCUUUUCCUUUUCGUCCCUCCUGAUGAGCAGAAAGUGAGACAGAAACAGAAGUUGCACAGAAGUCUGUUGGUCGUGUGAGAGGAGCUGCUGCUGCUGCCGCCGGGUGGAGGCGUUUGUUGUUGCUGUACAUAGAAACCUAAAUGUGUAUAUAGAAGCUUGAACAGAGAAAAUAGAGCAGUAAACAUGUUCUAAUAAUAAUACUACUAGUCCUACAGAACAGUCAGCUUCUGAUUGGAAAGGCAUCGGCAGGGACCUCAAAUGUUAACGGUGGAUUUAAUUUAGAGAGAAGAAGCAACGACACGGGAGCCGUGAGUUUGUCUUUGAUCGGUUCGUACUUUUCCUUUUUAAAGUGUUUAAUUUUAAUACGUUUUUUUUAUUGUUAGUAGUACAUGCAGGAGUGACGACUGCUGAAGAUUUUUGUUCUCACUGAAACUGAACUCAGUCAGACUGAAGGGAUUAACUCUGUCAUCUGAAACAAAACGAGCAGAAGGUGACCGGUUAGUUCAAAGUUUCUCCUCCUCUUCCCGCCGUUUAUUUUACGUUAAGAUUGAAGAACAAAAUGCUUGAUGUUUGAAGUCAAUCUGAAAGCAAAGCUGCUGCAGGUUAUGUUUGAGCCCUGGGUGAUUUCUGAUGGUGAUUAAGGAAACGCAGAAGCUCAUUCCUGCCGCGUCGGAGCUGAUCUGAGGCCUUUGAACGCUGCGACUGCAGGAAGCUGACGCGACGUGAGACCGACCGGCUGGAUGAACCUCACGUCUUCAUCCUGCUUCCUCAAAGUGACGCCUUCCGAAGUUGGCAGCAGGAGGUUUUAAAACACAAGUUGACAAGAUUCAAAACCCUCCCGAGCAAACGUCAGUAUUUGUUUCAGAUGUUUUCGUUUUGUGUGAAUUUCCCCCGGUCGUAGGAGUUUUCAGAUGAGAUGGGAAAUUGAAGAUGUGUGUCUGGGUGGAGGUGGUGGAGCGAUGGCCUCCGUCCAGCCUUCCUUAUUGAAGGCUGCUACCUGUUAGUCACAAUAACUUCAGCUCACUUUGAACUCUGAGUUUCCUUUUGUUAGGAGUUUUUCUGUUUUAAAGCUUGACGUCAGCGAUGGUUUCUUCUUCACGUGUUGCUGUUGAACGUCAGAGCUGAAGGUGAGCUGACCACACUGUUCACUGUGACGGCUCUUUGUUUCAGUGUUACGACUGCAUCAGUGCUUUGCUUUGUUUGUUUGUCGUCCACUCAGAGGAUCAAUAAAGAACAUAAUAAAACUCA